AUGUCACAAGGAUUUCGAGCUCGGCAUGAUGCGGCACAAGACUUACUUGCUGAUGCUCUCUCUGUCUCAUCUACAGCUUGGACGACCAUUGAAAUCGACUCGCUCUUCGAGGGUAUCGACUCCUACACCUCAUUCACCUGUGCACGUUUCGAGGAACUGUACAAUGACCUCUUCCGUUCAACUCUCAUGACUGUUGAGAAGGUGCUCCGUGGCUCCAAGAUUGGCAAGUAG